AGUAGAAUGUGACAUGGCGUCCAUCAAGUUAAAUCACGGUCUCUUUUAAAUAAUUUUUUUAACAGUGGUUUGGGACUAAAUUUUAUUACUGAGGCCGUAUAAAUCGUACAUUAGCAUUGAUGGUAAUGCAUGCAAGGAAACCUCACCGAAUAAGCGAUGGGUACUUUGAGAAGCAUCAGACCCAUCCGUAUCAGAAGUAUACAUCAAAGAGAGGAAAUGAAUAUGUGGCAACAGAUAAUCGCUACACACCACUCAGAUCGCCCAAUGGAAAUAUUUCGACACAUGGACACAGUGCCCAUGGACAUCCUGGUCACUCUGCUCACUCUCACCACCACUACCACACAGUUGAUGAGCGAGGAAAUGUCACAACUAGAAAUUCCUAUGUUCAAAAAACUUCAGACAAGGAGAGAGACAGAGACUAUAAAACUAGAAAUAAGUACACAGAAGUCAGAUCACCUAAGGAAAAGCGCAUCAAAGAAAGUGAAAGGGAGAAAAUUAAUUAUGAACGAUGUGAAGCAGAAAAAAAGAGUAGGAUUAGUGGCAUGAACAGUAGUGUAAAUUCCAGUAGCAAAUAUUAUAAACGGAGUGCAACCACUUCUAGUGUCCCCUCCGGUGGUGAGUGGUCAGAACACAUUAGUUCUUCAGGGAAGAAAUAUUAUUAUAACAGUGAACUUGAGGUGUCACAGUGGGAGAAGCCAAAGGAGUUGGACUCUAGAAAGAACUUGGCCAAAGAACACCAGCCAACAUUUUCGUCAUCAUCUAGAAGUAAUCGUGAGAAACGUUCCCGUUCGAGAUCACGACGGCGAGAGGCUGAGAAGGCUAACAAACGGGCUAACAACACAACUGAUCGGUACUGGACCGGGUCUAGAGAGAACGUGGUCAAACGCAAACGGACGAAACAUGGCUCGCAUGCAACCCAUGAUGGUAAAGAUGGGCACCAUUCACUGCAUGAUAUGGACAUAUCCCCGGGCAGAAGUACAUCGUUAUCGGAUGGCUCGUACGGUCAUCGCGAGUCCACACAGCGCAUAGAACCUAGCACCGCUCAGCCUGGUGUCGCCUUCGAUAAUUCCAACCAGGUGAGCGGCCCCCACCCGGCAGCUGCAGCGCCCCGUGUGCUGGGUACGCCAGUGUCCGCGGGCGGCUCGUACUGCGCGGUGAACACAGGCGCGGUGGCGGGCGCGGGGCCGGCGGGGGUGGCGGCGGGGUCGCUGGGGGCAGGCUGCAGCUCGUCCCCCGCACGCUCCGACACCCCGCAGCGGGACGCGGGCCCGCCUACGCCGACACACUCGGAGAGCAUCGACCCACACGCGCCGCCGCUGCAUCUGGAGAACGCCUUACCGAAAAAAAAAUGCUUGGGCAGCUACUCCUCCGUGGUGGGUAUUCAGCAAGCAAUACCUAUGCUAACGCCAUCUCUGGUCAACUAUGUGCGGAGUGAUUUGAUCGGACACGUCACUGGUUGGCCGGCGGACAUACUAGAGAAACAGGCAAAUAAAUACACAGAAGAGGCGUAUCAAAUGAGUUGCUUGCAGUGUACACGCGUGUCGGCUGAACUCAAGUGUUCUAGAAGUAUAGUGCGGCAUACAGAGAUACAGGCUACAUUGCAAGAGCAGAAGAUUAUGUACCUUCGGCAACAGAUUUCGCGGCUUGAAGAGCUAAAGUCGCAGAAUUCCUUUAUGUCGGAAGACUAGGGGUUAAGAUGGGGGGCUCCCCCGCAAGCCCCCCAGACCCCCCAGAGCCCUCCCUUGUAUUCACAUUAUCUGUAUGCACUGUAAGUUGCAUACAGCGUGAAUCGCUCUGGUGGGGUCUCAGAUAUUUGAGUUUUGUACUGAGUGUUUCAUUAACCUAUAGUCUAAACUCAAAUUUAUCUGAAGACGAACCGAAAGUUCUAUAAUUACAUCACAUUGUACGGGUCGACAGUACGUCGUUUCGUUGUUGUUAUGAAGUGACAGAUGCGUAUGAAGCGCUGCCUCGUUCCAGCAGAAGCUACAAGUGCUUCAGGCUUACAUUAUUGAUUCCGCUAUGUGUGUGUGAAUGUGGCUGUCACUUCAACAGAGGACUAUAGUGAUGUGUUUGUUGCGAAUAUGAUCUAUUUUUAUGAAACUUGUAAUUUUAUUAUCGACGUUUAAAAAACUAAAGUACACAACAAACGUGAGCGAAAACAGAACACACAAGUGGCAGUUGUGAGUUCAUUAAGUUUUAACAACUCAGCAAUUAUCAAAACAAAUAUAGAUGAAAGUUUCUUAAACUUACUACAAGUAACAGUAGAGUAGUAGGUAGCACAACGAACAAAAUUAAUUAUAACAUAUACUUACACGAAAAUGGAAUAAAUAUAAUAGACAUUGCUAUGGAACAUUCAUUAGAAGUGAUUGAUAAUAAAAUUAAUAAACGUCUAAUGACAUGAAUACUACAGUCGUCUAAUAUCCCUUGUCUUGCUUAUUCCAUGGAAAUAUAUUACAGUGAUCGAAACCGGUAUCUCAAAUAUUUUUGUAAAUCAGAAAAAAGUAAUAUAUAAACACGUACAACUAGUGACACAAUAAUUAAAGUCAAAGUCAAAUAAACUUUUGCAGUCACAUGAUUUUAUUAAAUUUAAUGAAUUAAAUACUUUGACUAUUAUACUAGUAGUUUCAUGCCUAAAUUUGAAUGAAACUGUACACUUUGAUUAUUGAUUCGGCUUGUUCAGAUGAAUUAGACUUAACUAGUUCUUUGAAUAGUAAUAUUAGAAAAAACAAAGUGAACUUUAGUUUUUUAAAUAUUGAUUAUUGUAAGUCGUAGUUUGUAAGUAGUGUGUGACGUUGCGGCUCCACUGGUUUAAAAAGAAACAUUAAACCCUUUUGCCGUACCGUUAGUUUCAUUAACUUUUAAGUGUAUGUGGUUAAUUAUCAGAUGUAAGUGUAACGUGUGUGUAAAGUAAAUUAUUGAUAUGGUAAUUCUAUUAGAUGAAUGUUAAUUAAAUGAGCCUUGCACGUGUUAAAUAAUAUUGAUUGAUAACCACUCGAUUCCACAAGUAUCGAGCGCUCAUGUAAAUCUGUAAUAGUCGUGUGUUUGUAGUCGAUGCGUUUUCGGUUCGAGCACGAGUAACGCCCUGCCAAGUUAAUAGUAGACUUAAUUACUUUGUCGAUUGUAUCAUAUGCUAAAUUAUUGGAAAUAAGUACUGUGAUAUUCACUUCACUUCGCACACGACCUGUUCAAGUGAUUCUGUGUGAGUGUGUAUUUCUGCCCCUGAACAUGCAAUAGUUAAUAUAAGUGCACUGAUUUGAUGAUAAGUAAUGGAAAGCGCGCAGAACAACAUCCUUGUGUGACAAUCUUGUACAUAAUUAUUCGUUGCUAGUGCUUAUUAAUAAGUCGUAGUGUAAGCGGGUAUUGUAAAUUCUUUUUUAUUUUCACUUUUUUUGUAGCCCAGGAUAUGUGGGAAGGUUUGAAUGUACUUGUUUUUCUUUUCUUCACAGUAAUAUUAAUAAAAACUUGGGAAGGCAGUCAGUAAUGAGUGAUAUUGCAAAGUCAAUAUGCACCCAUAUUUGAAGUAUCGGACCUUGUCUAAGAAAAUGCACAAAUACUGAACUUACACAAGUAUAUUUUAGAACUUAUUCUGCGCUAAGUAGAGUCUAAUAAUUUGGAGUCCAUAUAUAUAAUCUGAUCCAUAUAAAUGAGUAUGCGAGAUAGAUUGCUCCCUAUAAUUUAGUUUGUUUGAUGAAUUAUGUUUGUAAUUUGUUUAACACAAUUAUUAAAUGAUUCUUUUUCAUUUGAACCUCAUAGUUAUGCUUUGUGUAAGGCUGUUAAUUGUAACUGAUACAUUUUUUGCCUGAUCACUAAAAUAGUUUAGAAGAAAACUGUUUUGUUUUUCAUGUAAAUAUUAUUGUUUAUUGAAAAUUAUUUUGUAAUUUGUUAUGCAACCCAUAAGAUACUGUUGAAGUUUUCGAUACAAUGUAUCAUCAUGGGUCGAAACCAAAAGUUUUAAGUUAGGUUAAGUUUUUUUUUUAUUAAUAAUAGUUUUUAAAUAACAGGAAAUAUUGUCGCUUGUUCAUAUCUGAGCACUUUAAAUCAGUCAAGUAAAUGGCUUUGAAAAUACGUUAAUGUGAGACAUUGAACUAAUUCCUGAUGCAUUAAUCCGGUCCACAUACACAUUGUACAGGCAGACGGUGCAAAACUAGGUUCGCAAUAUCCGUGUGGGAGAUGCAUGUCGAUAUUAUGUGAGUGUGUAUGUCAUUGUAUAAAGUUCACGAAUUACAUUCAUAUAGUGCCCUGUCCCCUAGCACCGAACACGUCUUACUGCUUUUAAUUGUGAGCCGUAUUUAAUGUUUAUUUCAAAUAUUGUUCCACUUACAAAGUUUUAACCAGUUCUAAAUAAAUCAAAUUUCAAAUAA